AUGCGAAGGUAUGAAAACCGACAGCUCUCCUGGGCAACGUCACUCUGUCUUACAUCACCUGCUGUUGCUGUUGCUGACGCAUGCAUUACUAAAGAAAAGGACGUGGAGAAACUAAUCCCUUGGGUAUUCCAGUACUCUGAUACUGCAGAGGAAGAUUGCACCAUGUCUUGGCCAGAAGUGGAGUACAAAUUUAGACAUUUCUUUGACGAGGUCUCUUCCUACUGCGCCGAGUUGAAAGGACAAGAGUCUAGUGGUACAGGGGUUGCAAGUGUUCUCAGAGCAAGCGAGACGGUAACCUUACUCACAAAAAACUGGAAAGUGUCCGAGAGAGAAUAUUUUAAACACUUUAUAAGAUGGCAGGGUGUGAUGUUGGGGAUGUUGAUGAAGACUAUCUAUUUUAGUCUUGGUAUCAAAACGCAAGACCCUAACAUCCAGUUUGCUUUAUUAGGACUUAAGCUAAAGUAUGUGAUUGGUGGUAAACAAUUUAUCGCUAGAGCGGAGGGCGCAGCUACCGUUGACGGCCUACCAAUUAUCUCUUACACUGGUUGGUUCAGAAAGCAGACUUGGAGUGAAUUCUUGGGUGAGACGCUUAGUGUGAUGCUGGGGCAGCUCGCCAAAAAUCUCAGUAUGCAGACUGGCGGCGCAGGUUCCCGGGAGCAGGAAGUAUUUGUCAUUGGCUUUCACGGGCUUUAUCUUCACAUCGCCCGUGGGCUUUUCACAGCCAGUAUGAUUUCUAGGGUGCAUUCGAAGGGAUGCUCAGAGAAUGAGGUUUUUGAAUUGAAAUUCACGCAGGGCUACAACCUAUGUUCCAAGAAAGAUUGGCUCGAAGCCACACGUGCUUUGUCAAGAUUGUAUCGAUACCUCUUGAGUGGAAAGGCAAAGGUCGGUGCUAUUCAGGCAUAUAUGCAACGGGGUCCAGAUACUACCGAUGCU